CUGAUAGCGCCGGUGCUUCAUGGCUAUAUAAGCGCUGUGAACCGGGCGCUCAGUGUUCUUUUGUGCUCAGUAUUCAUGUAGUAAUAAACCAUCUUACUGUUCUCGUUCACGGCCACUCUGGCUCUGCUCGUCCCUCGAGGCUACAACAGACUGGCGACGAGGGUGGGACCCGAAUUCCACUGGGCUACAAGACACCAUUAGCGGCGGUUCCGAAGCGCUGCGAAGAUACAGGCAGGAUGGCGACGUUGGGAAGGUUCGAUCAGUUCAUCGAGGACGGUGACGAAGAUUUUCAGUCCUACGUGGAGCGGUUCGACCACUUCCUGAAGGCCUCCCAGGUGAGCGACGACCUGAAGGUGUCAGUGUUCAUAACGGCAAUAGGAAAGAAGGCCUAUAAAACUCUGAAAACGUUGCUGGAGCCAGAAAAGCCAGAAAACAAGACGUACGCACAGUUAGUACAGACACUGAAAGAGCAGUACGUUCCCAAAACUUCCGUGAUUGCCGAGCGUUUCAAAUUCAAUCGCUGUUUCCAACAAGAUGGGCAAGCGGUGACAGCCUUCGCUGUAGAGCUGAAGCGGUUGGCGACAUCCUGUGAUUUCGGAACGUUUCUGGACGACGCUCUGCGCGACCGGUUUGUGGCAGGACUUUGUGACAAAGAAACACAAGCAGAGCUGCUAAAGACAAGCAAGCUGGCUUUUAAAGAGGCCUGCGAUAUCGCUAGGAGUAUCGAGUUGGCCCGGAAAGAAAGCCAGGAUUUUCAGCCCAAGUCGGCGCAAGGAAUGAUCAGCGCCCUUAACCGCAAAACAGAUAGCGGGAAACGCCCACCACGCUGGAGAGAAGAAACUUCGGGGAUGCCUGCUGGCACCAGGGGGGCGGAACCAUUGCACUGUUUCCGAUGCGGCUCAGAGCAUGAAGCAUCUAUCUGCAAAUUUCGCAAGUACCGUUGUCGGGUGUGUAAACGGGUUGGACACUAAGCGAAGAUGUGUAGGGACAGAGGUAGAGACGCUGCGAACGUGAUAGACGAGGAAAGUGACGCGGGUGAACAUGUGCUGUACAAUAUCUAUUCCUGUGAGGGGCGCACCAGACUCUACGAAAUUUGCCUGAAGCUAGAUCAGAAAAGUGUGCGCAUGCAGAUUGACACAGGGGCGUCUGUGUCAAUUGUACCAGAGUCACUGUGCAAGAAAUAC